AACAGAUUCGGAAUCAACUGAAGACCAAGUAGCGGCAGAGGAAUGGAUGAUAGAGGAGGAGGAGGGUCGUUUGUGGCAGUAAGGCGAAUUUCGCAAGGGCUUGAUCGAGGAAGUGCCUGCCAUUCUACUUCUGUGGAGGUUGUGGCAGGAUCUGCUGCAUGGCUUGGCAGAGGGCUUUCGUGUGUUUGUGCUCAAAGAAGAGAUAGUGAUGCUCGUCCAUCAUUUGAUUUGACCGCUGCACAGGAGGAAUGCCUACAGAGGCUACAGAAUCGGAUCGAUAUUGCCUAUGAUAGUUCUGUUCCAGAACAUCAGGAAGCGCUAAGGGCAUUGUGGCAUGUUGCCUUUCCUGGAGAGGAACUCCGUGGUUUAAUAUCAGAGCAGUGGAAGGAAAUGGGUUGGCAAGGAAAAGAUCCAUCUACAGAUUUUCGGGGUGGUGGUUUCAUAUCAUUGGAGAAUUUAUUAUACUUUGCAAGGAACUUUCCGAAAUCUUUUCAAGAUCUUCUCCGGAAGAAGGAAGGUGACAGAGCUCUGUGGGAAUACCCCUUUGCUGUAGCUGGUGUCAACAUCACAUUCAUGCUAAUUCAAAUGCUUGACCUCGAAGCAGUGAAGCCCAGAACGCUUGUCGGAGCAACUUUCUUGAAGUUUCUAACAGAAAAUGAAUCUGCAUUUGACCUUCUUUAUUGUAUCGCGUUCAAGCUAAUGGACCAUCAGUGGCUUGCCAUGCAUGCUUCAUACAUGGAUUUCAAUACGGUGAUGAAAGCUACUCGCCGUCAGCUGGAGAGGGAGCUUCUGCAAGAAGACGUUGCACGCCUU